AUGCAUAAAUUUAUUAUUUUGUUGACUGCCUUGAUAUUGGCUGCUCAUGUUCAUUAUUUAUUUGGUUUACCAGUGAUGGAUGAAGAUGAACAUUCCAAACGAUCAGAUGAAACAUUGUUACCGAACGGAAAUUUCACUUUAGUUACCAAUGAAAAAUUACAGAAAUUGAAAGAAGUAGCUGAAGCUGCGCAUGAUCCAAAGCUUCACGAUCUCUAUCGCGCGGUCAACCAUUACGUUCAGAUUGCGCGGAAAAACAAUGAAUACGUUCUCUGGAAAUAUGAUGCCAAUCAAGAAGGUCUGGUUCUUGUACUCAAACAAAAUUUGAACGGAAUUCUGUACUAUGGUUAA